CAAAAUUGGUUACCGUCGUGCACUCUUAAGAACAGAGUCCUCGCGUUGUAUUCUUUUGCCAAUCUCUGCUACUACAAAUACUUACACACCAUUAACGGUGAACGGAGAGAAACGUCUCUAUAAUUAGGUCAUGGAGAAAUUACAUGAAAAUGAAGUAAAAAACCUUGCAGAAGAAACUAAAACGUCCUCUACGGACCAUAUAAGCUCGAUAUUUAAGCGACCGAAAAUUAAAUCUUCUUCCUUAAAUAAAGCAUACUUGGGGAAGACAUCCACACCAGGCUGUUCUAAUGCCGUCAGCGGGGUUUCUGGAGGUCCUACUAAGAACGUCCAAGUAUCCGGUCGCUUAGACGGAUCCAUCUCACCUUCUACGAACGGAGGAUCAAAUAAUUCGACACCCAAAAGCGCAUCUGCUUCUUUGGCACCAACUGCUGCUGAGACUAUCGACGAUCCGGUGCGAUUGAAUAGUGUAGACCAUGCUUCACCAACUGCAGGUAUCAAGGCUGCGAGUGGUACCGGCCAUGCUCCCCAUAAUAAGGUCCGUCUUUCUAUCAAAUUAAGUACUAGUGGAAAUGUAAGCGGAGCGGGUACCCCAAAGGCUGGUACUAGCAGUACGAAUCCUUGGGCAGUUCGUUCAGCCGAACGUUUAUCGUCAAGUACGACUACAAAUAGAACCACAUCCCCCGACAGUAUAGAUACUCAUGUGGAAAACAAAAAGGGAGCUGCUUCUUUAUAUGCGUCUGCCGCUGCAUCUGCUGCCCGUCAUUCAACUUCAGCUGCUUUAGCCUCGUACGCUGGGACAAUAUACGAUUCAAACGGCAACGUUAUCAAAGGACUUGAGAAUCCAAGCUCAAUAUCUGCUUCUUCUAAUCAGUCUCAAGAUGGUUUAUCUAAUGUCGAUCCUAAAAAUAUUCAAGCUCUCGCUGCUUCCGCUUCCUCUUCCUCUAGUAGACUUCAUCAAGCCGAAAAGGACCAAGAAGUUCAAACUAAGGAAAACUCUACUACAAACAACAAAAAUCCUUCUGCCUCAGGUGGUGAAGAAGUAUCACCAAGUCGUCUUCCUUCUCCAACCAGCGUUCGUCGUGCUUCUCAUUUUUCUGAGGGAAAAUGGGAUGAAAUCGAUGAUGAAGAUGAUGAUGAUUGGGGAAGUACAAUUGAAUUUGAAGAUGGAACAACAGUUGUUAUUGACGCAAAAACUAGAAAAUAUGAGCCUUUAAAACAUCCUGAACACGAAGAACAAGAACCUUCCUCCUCACUUUCCCAAUCCGCGUCUCAUACAUUUUCUACAACGUACACUAAUUCUGAUAUUAAUGCUUCGGAAGUGUCGAAAUCUAAACCAGAUUUGGUUGAUAAUGCACCUAUGGACCCUGAACUUCUUCCCAAUGAAAAUUCCAUGACUUCUUCUGAUCCAACUGAGAAAGAUAGUUUGGUUUCUAGAGGAAGAACUGUUGAAAAGAUGAACUAUAGCAAGUCUACGUUAGAGAAAAGUUCUGAUGCUCCGCGAAACACGGUUGCCUUUUCUGAGAACGAAGAAACUACAAGGAAUGUAGAACAACCUGCUUUAGAACAAAACAAUUCGUCUCCUUCUGUAGCAGUGAAUAGUCUUCGAGAAGAACAGCAGCGUGUAAUGUCAGAAGCCCGUCAAAAAGCCGUGGAGCGUAGACGUCAAGAAGAAGAACAGCUAACGCAAUCAAGAGAACGAGCACGGAAGAAGGCAGAAGAGAUCAAAUUAGCUACCGAUUUAAGAGAGCCUGGUAGUCCUUUGGAUACAUCCAAUAUCAAUGAUGUUAAGGAUAACCAAAUAUCACCGACUUUAUCCAAUGUUCAACACAAAAAAGAAGAUGCAGAUGUUUCUUCUUGGAGAGACAGCGAUCCUCCUAUUCCUCCCGUUCAACCUAUUUCAAAUUCCGAGAAGUCUGGAAAUUUUCGUUCUUCAAUUGGUAGCGAUGAGAACGCAACUCGUCAUAGCAAGUCCAGAAGUAUAGAUGAAGUUAUUCUCAGUAUUAAGGACGUUAUUUUUGAUAACAAUCUUUACAAACAACGUUCUUAUCAAACUGGUACUUCUCAAUUGCCUGUUCGUCCUCAUCAAGAACAGUUGAGUAGCUCCCGGUACUCGUCAGCUGUAACUUCUCCUUAUUCCGAUAGGAUGAAAUCGUCUUUCGAUUCGAAUAGCAUUUCACAUAACAGACCUCAUGGUACCGCCAAAAUAUCUCGUCCUCGAGGAGAUGUAGUAUUGAACAUUCGUUUUCCUUUUACGGGUCCCACACGUAAACUAUCUACUAGGUCAUUAAAAUUAGAGGAAUUGAAGCCAUUGGAAGAAAAGGUGCCAGUCUUUCGGUCUUCUUCAAAACAACCACUUCGUAUACAUCCUAGUCAACCUUUUCGAGUAACUGUAAGCUUACCCGGGGAAAAAGCUGUACAAGUACUCAGACGCUCUUUUCGUAAUACUAUGAAUCCGAAUCAUUAUGAUCCUCACCGCCGGGAACGAAUUGAUACUGGCUUCUGGCGAUCGGCUGCUUGAACCGGUUUGCUGCAAUCUGUAAGGUUAUGUGUAUCUAUCUACGACUGUAACGUUUUUUGUUUUGUUUCAAUUUUUCGUCUAAUUCUUAUUUAUAAAUCAACCGAAAAAUUGUGCAAAAAGAACACGACGAACUACUCACGGUUCUAUUGCUAUCUACGUUCUCACUUUUGCAUAAUAAAUAUUCGCUUUGUUAAUACGAACUGAUUUAGCGUCCCAAUCUUAUAUUUGAGUACCUAUAUUGGUAAAUAUCUGUACAUAUUACAAUCACUUGUUUUCAUUGAAGGAAAGGAUUAGUGAUUGAGUCUAUCGCUUAACAUGAGUAAUGAAUUUGUCUCAUAACAUUGAAAUUAAAAGGACA